AUGUCAAACCCCGUCUCCACAAAGUCUAUGAAGGUGAUGACGAAGCGCUUCAAGCCGAAGCACCAGAAAGCGAAGCUGUUCCGCGCCUCUGAGCCGCUGCUCUCAGUCUUCAUGUGGGGCAUCAACUACACCAUCAAUGAGCUCACCCACGUCAACGCCCCGACACUGCUGAUGCCGGACGACUUCAAAGCCCACACGAAGGUGAAGGUGGACAACCACGGCUUCAACAAGGAGAACAUGCCCUCCCACUUCAAGGUGAAGGAGUACUGUCCGCUGGUGUUUCAGAAUCUGCGCGAGCGAUUCCACAUCGACGACAUGGACUUCAUGAACUCGCUGACCAAGCACCAGCCGCGAGUGAACGUGUCGUCCGGCCGCUCCGGCACCAAGUUCUACGAGUCGUACGAUCAGCUCUUUCUGCUCAAGAUUCUCACCAGUGACGAGGUGGAGACGAUGCACCACCUUCUGAAGGAGUACCACCCUUACAUUGUGGAGCGUCACGGAAAGACGCUGCUGCCGCAGUACCUCGGCAUGUACCGCAUCACCGUCGACGGCGCGGAGACCUACAUUUGCGUCAUGCGAAACAUCUGCUCCUCGUCGCUGAAUGUGCACUGUAAAUAUGAUCUCAAGGGCUCCACGGUGGACCGCGAGGCCACCGAAAAGGAGAAGGGACUGGACGUUCCCGUGUACAAAGACAACGACUUCACGCAGGCCGGAGUGCGCAUCUUCGCCGACGAGGACUGGAAGAAGAGGUUCCUCGAGAUGCUCAACGCCGACACCACCUUUCUCGCCCACAAGAACAUCAUGGACUACUCACUCUGCGUGGCCAUUCACGACUGCGAGAAGGCCGAACAGGAGGCCUUGCAGGAGCGUGAAAAGCGACUGCUCUCUCAGGGCUCCGCCGAGGACGAGGAGGCCGAGUCAUCUGGCGACGGAAACGAGCCACUCAACUCAUUACCAUCACCUCCCGACUCACCCGAAAGGCGACAGAAGCUGUCCGAAUCGGAGAACCACCUAUACUCAUCGGAGAAUGCAAUUGACCCCAGUCGAGACAUCUAUGCGGUCAUCUCAACAAAAGAAUGUCCGCGAAGAGAAAUAUACUUCAUUGGCAUCGUGGACAUUCUCACGCAGUUUGGACUUCGCAAGAGAACGGCUCUCGCGGCAAAGACCGUCAAGCACGGGCCAACGGCGGAAAUAUCGACGGUGCAUCCCGAACAAUACGCCAAACGAUUCGUCGAAUUUAUUACCAAAGCUUUCUAA